AUGGUUUCAAGAAAUUAUAGGCCAAGUAUGGAAAAGUCUAGUAUUGAUUUGAAUCGUGAAACAUCAUCGACAUCUGUCUCUGAAACCCAACCUGAACAUAGUGUUGAAGGGUUGGAAAAUGUAGUUCUACACAAUGAAGAUGAAUCAAGGCAUAAAUGUAAAGUCAAAUGGAGCAAGGAAGCCACUAUACUUCUGAUAAGUGGAUGGCUUAAUACAUCUAAGGAUGCCAUUGUGGGCAAUGACCAGACUUCUACACAUUUCUGGGCUCGAAUCGCAGAUUACUUCAACACCAACCAAAAAGGUGAGCAAGCAAGGACUGGAAGUGGUUGGUCUGAUGAGCAAAUUCUUGAGAAUGCACAUCAAUUGUACAAAUCUGAAAAUAACAACUCAAAUUUUCUGCUUGUGGACUGUUGGAGAUUGCUAAAGGAUGAGCUGAAAUGGAAUACAAUGUACCAACCAAAAGGUGGUAAGAGAACAAAGGUGUCAGAUACAGGGGCAUUUACUUCUUCUUCCAAUGCAAACAUCAGUGAUGAUGAAGUACGUGAAGUGUGCCCUACUGGCCAAAAGGCAGCAAAGAGAAAAGGGAAGGAAAAAAAAGACACACAUGCUAGAUUUAUAGAGAUUAGUGAACGGAAAGCAUCUGCAUUGGAGAAAUUGGUGGCGAUAAAGGAGAAAGAGGCGACGAUAAAGGAGAAAGAGGCAGAAGAUAAUAGGAUGACAAAAUACAUGGAUUAUCUCAUCAUGGACACGUCGCAUAUGACUCAUGAACAAAAGAAAGAUCAUGAAAACUUGUGUACUUAUAUUAAGAAUAAUAUCCUGAAGUUGUAA